CAAAUUUCUUUCAUUGUCCCAAAACAACCAACACCCAUCCACGCGCAGCCCCUCCACUCCCCUAGAGGAACAGGAUUAAAGUGCCGGGCCCCAAGCACACAACUUUCUUGCUUUCACGCUGCUGCGGUUCCCUGACGUUUUAGCGUCCAUCUGACUUUUCACUUCCCGUCCAUACCCUUUGACAUCGUCGAGCCAGGGUCCGAUCAACAAGGCGAUUGCUGGCUACCACCACCACCUACCCCCCCAUCGCGCUCGUCGCUGACAACCAUCCCCGCCGCAACCAUGGCCGAACGGUACAUUCCCGAGCACCGGCGCACCCAGUUUAAGGCCAAGAGCACCUUCAAACCCGAGGAGCUUCGUCGCCGUCGUGAGGAGCAACAGGUCGAGAUCCGCAAGGCGAAGCGCGAGGAGAACUUGGCCAAGCGCCGCGGCAUUGGCACCGGCGAGAACCGGCCCGGCGCCUCGUUGGGUGCUGCGCCCGACAGCGACGAUGAAAACCCUCCCAGCGACUCCCAGCUCAAUGAGGAGCUCCCCCAGAUGGUCGCCGGGGUUUUCUCGGACCAGAUCGAUCUCCAGAUCCAAGCUACCACAAAAUUCAGAAAGCUGCUUAGCAAGGAGCGAAACCCUCCUAUCGAAGAGGUCAUCAAGACGGGCGUCGUCAGCCGAUUUGUCCAGUUCCUGCGUUCGCCCCAUACUCUUGUCCAGUUCGAGGCCGCCUGGGCCCUGACCAACAUCGCCUCCGGCUCCGCCUCCCAGACCCAAGUCGUCAUCGAGGCCGGUGCUGUGCCCAUCUUCGUCGAGCUUCUCAACAGCCCCGAGCCCGACGUCCGCGAGCAGGCUGUCUGGGCCCUCGGCAACAUCGCUGGCGACAGCCCGCAGUGCAGGGACUACGUCUUGUCCCAGGGUGCCCUCCGACCUCUGCUCGCCCUGCUUGGCGACAGCCGCAAGCUGAGCAUGCUGCGGAAUGCCACAUGGACGCUGAGCAACUUCUGCCGCGGCAAGAAUCCUCAGCCGGAUUGGAAUACCAUCCAGCCCGCCCUUCCCAUACUCGCUAAGCUCGUGUACUCGCUGGAUGACGAGGUUCUGAUCGAUGCGUGCUGGGCCAUCUCGUACCUGUCGGACGGCUCCAACGACAAGAUCCAAGCCGUCAUUGAGGCCGGCAUCCCUCGCCGGCUCGUCGAGCUCCUGAUGCAUGCGUCGACCUCGGUCCAGACACCCGCCCUCCGCUCGGUCGGCAACAUCGUCACGGGCGACGACGUCCAGACCCAGGUCAUCAUCAACUGCGGCGCGCUUCCGUGCCUGCUUUCCCUGCUGAGCUCAAACAAGGAUGGCAUCCGGAAGGAAGCCUGCUGGACCAUCUCCAACAUCACGGCUGGAAACUCGGCCCAGAUCCAGGCCGUCAUCGACGCCAACAUCAUCCCCCCUCUCAUUCAUUUGCUCUCUCACGGCGACCUGAAGACUCGUAAGGAGGCAUGCUGGGCUAUCAGCAACGCCACCUCGGGCGGCCUGCAGAAGCCCGACCAGAUCCGGUACCUGGUUUCCCAGGGCUGCAUCAAGCCGCUCUGCGACCUCCUCGCGUGCCCGGACAACAAGAUCAUCCAGGUUGCUCUGGACGGCCUGGAGAACAUCCUGAAGGUCGGCGAGCUCGACAAGCAGGCCGCUGGCGACGGCGUCAACUCGGUCAACCGCUUUGCGCUGUUCAUUGAGGAGUGCGGCGGCAUGGAGAAGAUCCACGACUGCCAGACCAACGCCAACGAGGAGAUCUACAUGAAGGCGUACAACAUUAUCGAGAAGUACUUCUCGGACGAGGAUGAAAAUGCCGACGAGGCUAUGGGUCAAAACCAGCAGUUCGGCUUCGGUGCGGCGAACGGAACCCAGCAGGGCGGCUUCAACUUCGGCGCGAACGGUGCCGAGUCCAUGGAUAUGUAGGCAUACUCCUGUCCAGUAAGCUUCCCAUGGUCGGGGGCGUGGUGACGGGAGGCGUGCGGUUGGCUGGUUUCCGCUCGGCCAACGCAGAUGCCCGCCGUUCUGGAGCCACCAACCGCUGCUUGCGUACCUGGGCGAGGCGACACCACCGGCGAAGCCACCGAAUUCCGCUCCCUUCAAUAUCAGACCCUCAGGACACGGCACCUCCAUGCUUUCGGCUCGACACGUCACCCAUCCCUAUCCCCCGACCACCACCCGACGAUAUCCCCCAUCGACAGGACACAACACCCAUCAGCAGCUUUACCCUUUAAUUUUG